AAAAACUAUUUUGUGUUUUGUCUCUUGUGGCAGAUCAAGCACAUGAUGGGCUUCAUUGUGCAAGAGGCCAGUGAGAAAGUUGAGGAAAUUGAUGCUAAGGCGGAGGAAGAGUUUAACAUCGAGAAAGGUCGCCUGGUGCAGACCCAGAGGGUGAAAAUCAUGGGAUACUUUGAGAAGAAGGAAAAGCAGAUUGAACAACACAAGAAAGUCCAGAUGUCCAACCUGCUAAACCAAGCAAGGCUAAAGGUGCUGAAGGCACGCAACGGCAUGAUCACGGAUUUGUUGAAUGAAGCUCGUCAAAGACUUGCAGAGAUUGCCGAGGACCCUGCUAGUUACUCUACCCUGUUGGAGGGCCUGGUGCUUCAGGGAUUCUAUCAACUCCUGGAACAUAAAGUUACCAUUCGCUGCCGACAGCAGGAUGUAGAAAUGGUUCAGGCUGCUGUAGAUAAGGUCAGCCCUAUCUACAAAGAGGCAGUGAAGAAGAACAUAGUUGUCAAAAUCGACCUGGAACGCUUUCUUCCGUCAGGAAUCUGCGGAGGAGUGGAAGUAUAUAAUGAUAAUGGGAAGAUCAAGGUUUCCAACACUUUGGAGAACAGGCUUGAAGUUAUGGCACAACAGAUGAUGCCUGACAUCAGAGUGGACCUGUUUGGUGCCAAUCCCAACCGUAAAUUCACGGAUUAACUGGAAUUGAAGAAAGCAGCGUGGACACAGGUGGAAUAUACUGUAUGAGGUGACCAUAGACCAUCAUCAUAGUGGGCAAGAGUCUGCACAAUCAACUACCAAUCCCCCAGGGUCACUUAAUGGAACACUACUGAUGUGUUCAUAUAUGUAUUUAUUUUUAUCGCUUUAACUUGUACACAUUUUAUGUGUUUAAGUGCCUUCUAUUUGACUUCUACAGGGAUGUGUAUGGGACUGCCAUUGCUAAUUUGCAAUGGCAUUGGCAAAACGUAUUCCUUCAGUGGUUUUGGAAAAUCUGUGUUUUUUUACUACUAGAUUAAUGUAAUCAAAACUACAUAUUUAGGUCACCAAAGAUGCACACUCUCCCCUCACAUACUCCGUUUACAUUUUUGUAUUACAGCUUAUAAUAUGGUAUGCUUGCCAAACCUUUGACUGUGUGUGCGUGCGGACAGCCAAAGGAUGUCUUCCAUUGUUCUAAAGCACCUAACAUAUGAAAAAUCAAAGAAAUAAAUGUGUGACAAACAGA